AUGGGAUGCACAGCAAGCACACAUGUUUUUGAGAACUAUGGUGAAGAUGAUCCAUUUUUGCAGAGUCAGAAGGCCAAUGAUGCCAUAGAACAAAGUCUUCAAUUGGGCAAACAGAACGAUAAGAAUGAAACAAAGCUACUGCUAUUGGGUGCAGGCGAAUCAGGUAAAUCAACUGUGCUGAAACAGUUGAAGCUUUUGCACAAAGGUGGUUUUACACAUCAAGAAAGAUUGCAGUAUUCACAGGUAAUUUGGGCAGAUGCGAUACAAUCUAUGAAGAUUUUAGUCAUUCAGGCAAGGAAAAUGGAGAUACCCCUAGACUGUGACGAUCCGAUUAACAAAAGGCCGUUGUUUGAGUGUAAAAGAAUUUUAUUGAAGGCUAAGGCACUUGAUCAUAUCGAUGCCGGUAUGGCCGGUGGCUCCGAUUUUCUCAAUGACUACGUGCUUAAAUACUCUGAGAGGCAUGAGACUAAACGUAAAGUACAGAGUACAGGUCAGGCCAGAGCAUUUGAUGAAGAUGAAAAUUCAUGGCUGCAUGAAAAUAAGGAUAGAGCCAUGAGUGGCCAAACUAUCAUCGAUGAUGAGGAUGGCGUGGCUCAAGAUGGUAAACUGGAUUUACAACAGAUAUUGCAGGAUCUUGAUGAGGACUCCAGUAAUGACAACAUGUUUCUCAAAGAACGCUUACAACAACAAUGGCAAGAACAACAGUUACGACAACAACAGCACAUCUCCAAUCAAGAUAUUGCACAUGCCAUCGAUCAACUGUGGAAGAAUGACCGUGGUAUCAAACAGUGUUUUGCGCGCUCCAAUGAAUUUCAGUUGGAAGGGUCCGCGCCUUACUAUUUUGACAGCAUUAUGAAAUUUGCAGAUCCUCAAUACGUUUGUACAGACGAAGAUAUACUAAGAGGCCGUGUGAAGACAACAGGUAUUACCGAAAGUGACUUUACCAUCGGAUCUUCUAAAUUCAAAGUGCUGGAUGCCGGUGGUCAGAGGUCUGAAAGGAAAAAAUGGAUCCACUGUUUCGAAGGCAUAACUGCGGUACUCUUCGUACUUGCCAUGAGUGAGUACGAUCAAAUGUUAUUCGAAGACGAACGUGUGAAUCGUAUGCACGAAUCGAUCAUGCUGUUCGAUGCUUUGUUAAAUUCUAAAUGGUUUCGAGAUACGCCAUUCAUACUUUUUCUCAACAAGAUGGACAUCUUUGAAGAGAAAGUCAAGAGAAUGCCUAUUCGUAAAUUUUUCCCUGAUUACCAGGGACGUGUUGGUAAUUCUGAAGCGGGUGUCAAAUACUUCGAAAACCUAUUCUUGAGUCUUAACAGAUCUAAUAAUAAACCAAUUUAUGUCAAGAGAACCUGUGCAACUGACACCCAAAAUAUGAAAUUUGUUCUUACAGCGGUAACGGAUCUAAUUACGCAACAAAAUUUAAAGAGGAGCGGUAUCAUAUGA